AUGGAUCUUAUCUAUUCGAUCCCAACGAUAUUCUUGAUCCUAUCCCUGGCUGUCUACUAUUUCCUACGCCGUCAACAGGAACUAUGGCUCCGGUUAGGCCUUCCAGUGGCUGUCCGACCGCAUCUGCUGUUCGGAAAUUUGCGUGGAAUUGGCCAAACGGAACACAGCUGCUAUCUCAUGCAACGGUUGUACUGGGAGUUCAAACGACAAGGUCUGAAACUGGGAGGUUUCAUGAGUUUCAUUCAACCGGCGAUUUUGAUCGUUGAUCCGGAGUUGGUGAAGUGCAUCUUGGUGAAGGAUUUCAACAACUUCCACGAUCGGGGGAUUUUCUCGGAUACGGUCGGUGAUCCACUGAGUGGUGGACUGUUCAACUUGGAAGGUUUCCAGUGGAAAACGAUGAGACAGAAGCUUACACCGGCCUUCUCAUCGGGCAAGAUGAAGUAUAUGUUCGGUGGAGUGAUAAAUGUGGCACAGGAUCUGAAGAAAUUUAUGGCGGAAAAUUACCACAGGGAUGAUUUGGAGAUAAAGGAUGUACUGCAGCGGUUCACGAUGGAUGUGAUAGGCCGUGUGGCUUUCGGAAUUGAAUUUAGUGCGACAAAAAAAUCCGAUUCCGAGUUCAAGAGAAUGGCCACCAAAGCUCUCGAUUUUGAUGUCACUCAGUUAUUGAUACUAUUCCUUGGAGGACGCUACAAAACAUUGCUGAAGAACCUAGGUGUUAAACUGUUACCCAAGGAUGUGACGAAAUUCUUUAUGGAACUUGCCCGUAAUACCGUGGCUUUGAGGGAAAAUAGUGGAUUAAAGAGAAACGAUUUUAUGGAUCUGUUGUUGGAGAUUAGAGACCAAGGAAAAGUCACGCGUGAAGAAAUGACGAUUCGUGAAAUUGCCGCGCAAUGUUUUGUAUUCCUCACGGCUGGAAUCGAGACAUCAUCGGCGACGAUGAAUUUUUGUAUGUACGAGUUGGUCAAAAAUCUCGACAUACAAGAAAAGUUGAGAUUGGAAUUUGAGGACUCGAUUGCUAGGAGCAACGGUGAAUUAACUUAUGAAGCUUUAAUGUCAAUGGAACUGCUGGAUCGAGUCGUUAGCGAAACUCUGCGAAAAUAUCCUCCAUUGGAUAAUUUGAUUCGUGUCUCCAGCACGGCUUAUACCAUUCCGGACACGAAGUUAACAGUACCGGCAGGUACGGCUUUCCAGAUACCAGUCUAUGCAAUGCACCAUGAUCCGGAGUAUUUUCCGGACCCGGAUCGUUUCGAUCCGGAACGAUUCAGGUCAGAAAUUGUCCGGACGCGUCCCUCAUACUGCUAUCUACCGUUCGGAGCUGGUCCUCGUAACUGCAUUGGAUUACGCUUCGGGCUGAUGCAAACCAAAAUAGGCUUGGUGACGCUGCUGCGGGACUUUCGAUUCUCAGAAAACGCUAGGACUCACUCCAAGUUGGCGUUUGACCCGACAAAGUUUCUGCUGGCACCUCAAUCGGGAAUGUAUUUUAAGAUCGAACCCGUACGAACGUGACGCGGAACUGAUACACGCUCAUUUGAUGAGUAUAUCAAUUAUACAAUUAUUAUAAUUGCAUAUUUUAAGUAGUGUUAAUUAUAGCUACAUGAGAAAGACAUCUCAUUUGUGUAUUUCUAUC